CAUGGAUCGUCGACAAGCAGGGUCGAAUACCGUGCCAUACUAUCCGGCUUAGGCCCGUAGUGCAAAUAUCAACUACUUGAAUCAUGUCGGAGCAAGCAGCACAGGCGAUGGCGGACGUGCGCACAUCGAGCAAAGGGCAGCCCGACUCGCUGCCCAUGUUGGAGAGCCCACAUACUGCCCUCUCGCAGUCAGCAUUGAUAAAUCCGGCACAAGUCCAAAUGGAUGCAGAUGGAGAAGAAGCGGCGGAGUCCGUGGAGGCGGAAAAAGGUCAAUAUGAAGAUGUAACUGGAGGUGCCAAGACCGUCUACGGAGUCGCAAAGGCGCACAAGCACAUCGAACCGGGGGACCUUGUCGUUCUUUUCAUUAGCCGUCAUACAACGCCAGUUCCCAUCACAGUCACACCUGGAGAACAAUUCAUCAAUACGUUUGGCGCCUUUCCCCAUUCAAGCAUGGUCGGACGUUCUUUUGGCAGUCGGCUAACUACACGCAAUGGGAAAGGAUUCAUUCACCUCUUACGGCCAACUCCCUCCUUGUGGACACUUGCUCUACCGCACCGCACCCAAAUUCUCUACCUGCCAGAUAUUUCUUUCAUCAUCUCCCGCCUAGGGCUGAGCCCUGGGGCUAAAGUGAUCGAGGCUGGCACGGGGAGUGGAAGCAUGACGCAUGCGCUCGCAAGAGCUGUAGGCACAGGUAGGCAGCAUGCAAAGAGAUGGCGAGGCGUCGAGGGUAUGGGAACGUCCGCGGGGAGAUCAGCUCGCACAUCACAAUCACAAGGUCGCGACGGUUCACAGUGUUUAUUAGCAAAGAAUGGAAGGAACGGAGGGUCAGACAAGGAGGAGAGAGAGGGAGAUGCUGGAGUAACACCGGCGCUGGAUCUCACCCUGGAAGAGGCUGGUGGACCACUGGCCCAAGGAGAGGGGAGAGUUUGGAGCUUUGAGUUCCACAGCGAGCGUGCGAAGAAGGCUAGCCGAGAAUUCGAAGCUCAUGGCUUGUGUCCAAAUAUUGUUGCCAUCAAUCAUCGUAAUGUCUGUAAAUCUGGCUUUGGCUUGCCACCGUCCAUGAGCGCAGACGCCAUCUUUCUCGACCUUCCAGCACCAUGGGAGGCCAUUCCUUUCGCAAGGCGCGCGCUACGCUCCGACGUUGCCACCCAAGUCUGCACAUUCAGCCCUUGUGUCGAGCAGGUCUUGCGCACUGUACAAGCCUUCAACGAGCAAGGUUUCAGCGACGUUCAUACUUUCGAGUCGCUGACUCGGGAUCACGAGGUUUUCACCAACUUUAUGGGGCCAUUGCGGAGUAUCAACGCAGCUGUUGAUAGGAUCAAGCAGAUCGAGAGGAACAAGGAAUUGAAAAGACAGGACCAGAUUGCACGCUCGGAGGUGAAGCGGAACAAGCGCGCGGCAGCGGGUGGUACAAUCGAAGAAGCAGCACCUGCACCAGCUAAGCGUAUGAGGCAGGAGAUCAGCGGCACAGACGAUGAGGUCAUGGAUGAUUCAGAGGGAGUGCAGGAGCUCGCUCCACCUACAAGCUCCGAUCAAGUCGGCAGGAAUGGAAAGUUGGAGCUGGGAGAACCUACAAGCAACUUAGAGGAUUGCACGGCUGCAGACGAUGGAGAAGAGGUAGCAAUCGUCCCAAGUGGCUCGAAAAUUUCCAUCGGUUCUGUCAAGCUGCAAUCUGGCAACGUUCUCACGAGACCAGCAGGAGAGAUGCGAGGGCACACCUCUUAUCUGACAUUCGCGACGCUCAAGCCGCAGAUGCUAGCACAGCGCCAUUAGGAGACCAGGCACGAAGAGGAAGAGGCGUCUGGCAACAAAGCCGAGGCCUCGUCGGAGCCACGUGCCAUGUAGCAUAGCAUAUGUCGAUUUUGAAACAGACAGAGCGUUGAGG